CGAACGCACGUCCCACUCCCUCACAACAAGGAAGCUUCACCCCACCCCGCAUAAUACAACACCAUCCCGCAAAAAAACGAUGGGCACCAUCCUUUCAUGCUUCCAAUUCUCCCAAUCGAAAUCCGCGCCAUCUGCCAAAUCACCAAACCACCACAAUUCAGCAUCACACGAUACUCCACACGCGCAGCAGACGCAGGACAUCGUUGCGCAAGAAUCCCAAGACCUAACGCGCAAACUGGGAGUCGGCGGUCCUGUCCCGGGACCUGCUGUACCCAACACCGAUACCACGAACCAUAAUACGAAGGAAGGAGCAAAAGACAAAAUGGCAACAGACGAAGAAUACAUGUCCUUCCUCGAUAAAGCGAAUCAGGACCCGAAUGAAGGCGCCGCUGAGGCUAAGCAACAGAGUAACGGCGGGGGAGGGGAGCUGAAGGCGCUGGAUAAGGGGGCGAAGGUCCCGAAGGUGUUGGAGGAGGGGGUGAAGGAUAAAUAUUAUGUGUCUGAUGCGGAUGAGCCGUUUGUGCCUGUCUGUUUGAAGCUCAAGGGGAAGGGGGAGGGGUUGCCUGAUGAAGAUGCGUUUGUCAAGUUGAUAGAACAUCCGAGUCCGGGCGAUGCGGGGGUCGAGAUUAUGGAUGUGGCGGAGUGGGAUAGCCAGGGACAGUAUAAGGAUGUUGUGGAUGCGGUGAGGGAGGCGGGGAAGGGUGGUGAUGUUAGGGUUUAUAGAGUUGGGAGAGGGGGUGCGAGGGUAGAGUAUUGGGUUGUUACUGUGGAGGGGGGACGGUUGGUUGGGGUUAAGGUUUUGGCUGUUGAGAGUUAGGGUGGUGGAUGGGAAGGGCGGGAGUGUGGGAGUGAAGUGAUAUUGUAGGAUACUAGGGAGGAAGCAUAGCUUCAUGGCAGAAUAUUGACUUUGAGUUACCCAGAAGGUCAUCAGACUAUGGUGGGGAAAUGUUAGAAUGUGUAAGAAGGAAGUCAUCAAAUACCGUCCUCCAUUCUCAUGGCGUAGUGAGUAGUAGCCUUUGAAUUUGUGUUAAGAGGACUUUGAAGACAGUAGGAGCGUUCGAACUUGAAGAGUCAAUAUUGAUUAUAUAAUAGCUAAUUACAUGCAAGAGGUAGCACCGCUCUAUUUCUGAG